AUGGCUUCGUCUGUUGAUAGCGAUAGCGACUCUUCCUCAGGCGUUCGCAAGACCGUAACGGGUAAAAGAAAGCGGGAGACGCGGGACAAGCUGGAGCAUUUCUUGGAUAAGCUGGUGGGGAGUAUGAUGAAGCGGCAAGAAAAGAUGCAUAACCAGUUGAUUAAGGUGAUGGAGAAGAUGGAGCGCGAGAGGAUACGCCGUGAGGAAGCUUGGAGGCAGCAGGAAAUUGAGAGGACGAAACAGAACGAGGAGGCGAGGAAGCAGGAGAUGUCACGCAGCCAUUCUCUCAUCGCUUUCAUCAAAAGUGUUAUUGGCGACGAGAUCGAGAUCCCUGAUCCCCCUCAACCACCUCAGAAGCUUCUCGAACAUUGUAGAGACGAGAGAGGUGAAUCCUCUCUGAUACACAGCCUUGUAAAGUUUGCGUAUCCAAGCGGAAGAAGGUGGCCACAAGAGGAAGUGCAGGCGUUGAUAGCUAGCAGAAGCCAGGUGGAAGAGAAGACAGGGAUCCACAAAGGUGCGAUAUGGGAUGAGAUAUCAGCGAAGAUGAAGGAGAGAGGUUACGACCGAUCUGCUAAGAAGUGUAAGGAGAAGUGGGAGAACAUGAACAAGUACUACAGAAGAGUGACGGAAGGUGGGAAGAAACAGCCUGAUCACAGCAAGACUCGCUUAUACUUUGAGAAACUAGGAAAUUUGCACAAGACCAACUCAGCUAGUGCAGACCAGUCCGAAGAGAAGGAUGAGUGA